AUGAUGGGAGUACCUCCUGCUGAGCGUCUUCUCGCGUUGGCGGUGGUUGUAUGCGUGGGCCUCUUAUCGCUUUUUUCCGCGGCAGAGGCUAGCAGUCAGAUGUCUUUGACAGGCUACAGGCCUCUGCAGUAUAAAGCGGCGGCGAACUUCCCGUUGGGCCCCUGGGGCCGCGUUUAUCUCCAGGGGGCCCCUUUGUGCACAUGCGAAAAGUUGUUAGACGGCUUGGGAGGAGCGACUACACCUACCUCCCGAUUCCUCUGCGUUUCAAGGGCAACGGCUAUCAACUCCCAGCAGGUGGAGAAGCUGUUGGGUAUGUCGCAUUUCGUGCUGCUGUUGCUGCCCCCGAUAGGGGUUCCCCUGAACGCAGCAGCAGCAGAAGAAAUAAAACAAAUGGAGAAAUUGCUGCUCGACAGACACAGCGCUGCUGCUUUUGCUUUUGCACGGGAGACAAAAGAUGCAACAGCGUUGCUCGAGAGGCUGAAUAUUGAUGAGGAGUACGAGAACGCUCCCGCUAGGACACGUAUGCUGCGGCCCUUCUUAACGGCACACAGCUCUUUGGUCACGGAGCUGCAACCAAUCAAGUCUGUCAAGGGCGUGACGCUGACGUCUUGGCUCAACGGGCAGUCUGGGCCAGAAGGCGCUGCCCCUCCAACAAUUGUAUUUGUGGCGCAUCACGACGCCUUUGCUGCAGUUCCCCAUUUUGCGACAGGCGUCAGCACAAGCGCGAGUGGACUCAUCACUCUCAUGUGGCUGGCUCGGGAACUGAAGAAAAUUUACAAACAGGAACCUCUCAAGUACAGCGUUGCCUUCGUAUUGGCGGAUGCGAGCGCAAUGAACUACGAGGGACUUGCGGAGUGGAUUGGCCGCACAGACCCUAGACUGCUGAACGCCACGCGAUACGUCCUAUGUUUGGACAAUCUGGCUUCUAGCUCUUUGAGCCUACACACUCCAAAAGCAUACAAAGACCCCGAGGCCUCGCGUUUCUUACAGACUUUGGAGAAGGCUUUGAAGGAGGAAGGCGUACACAUGAAUACCCGCCCAAAGAAGAUCGCUGCAGGGGACAAGGUGUUGUCUUUUUGGCCUCAUGAACAUUUCACAAGGGCGAAGCUCAUUGCUGGCACACUCUCAGCAGAGCCUGAGCUCAAACACCUGUGGAAUAGAAGCUCUCUGGCGGACGACAGCCUAAGUAAAGACGCUCUUGUAAAGACUGUUCGGGGCCUUUCAGAAGGCACUGCACGAUUUUUGGCCAACUCGAAGGACCACAAAACUCGCUUGACAUUCAAGGGGGACGGAGAGGCUUUGAAUGAUUUCAUCAGCUCAUGGGUUCAGUUAUAUAUAUCCGUCAUGCUGUGUGUGAACUUGUCUUACUUCAGGUUCUUCGCCUACAGAAAUGUAGAUGAAUACAUGGGUUCCUCCUCUGCAAACCGUGUGUUUUUGAGGUCCUUGGCUGAUGAGAUGGAAAACUCCGGAUUGUCUACUGAAAUGCACGAAUUCGACGUAGACUUGGGCGGCUUCUCUUUCGCCUAUGAACCGCCUGUGACAAUUGAAAUAGCAGAGACGCGUUCUACUUUCUUCGACUGGCUUAUUCUUCUUGGAGCUGCUGCAUAUUCCAUUGCAAUUUACUUGGCUAUCCGUGGCGUCAUGUCUACCAAGUUACUGGAGGGGGCAUCCGCGUCCUUGAGCGCUGUCUCUCCCUUGAGCAGCCGAAAUUCCCCUGGCUCUAAUGAAGGGAAAGCGAAGAUGUAG